AUGUUAUGUGGAACAGAUUUUGGGUCAGACAAACACAGUCUACUGGUCAUAUAUAAGUCCUUAAUACGUUCAAAAAUAGACUAUGGUGCUCAAGUCUAUGCUAAUGCCUCGCCAAACCGUCUUAAGAUCUUGGAAAAUAUACAAAAUAAAGCCCUUCGAAUAGCUCUGAGAGCCCUUCCCUGUACCCCUGCAUGCAUGUUCGAGGAAGAGGCGGGGAUACUUCCCUUGGCCCUGCGGAGGAGACAACAAAUCAUUAACUUCUGGGCUAGGGUACAGUCCCGGAAAAUAGGUAACCCUGUAAGUGACCUCUUUGGGACCGGCUUCUUCAUCAAGGCAAAAUAUGACAAUGGUAAACAUACAGCGAUGUCUUUUGGCGCUUACACCCAAAGCAUUGUUGAGGAGGCUGGGCUCAAAGAUGUAAGUGUGGCAGACCUGAGGCCGUCUAAGGUUCCUCCGUGGACCCUCCAGGACCCUUCAGUUGACAUUUCUAUCUCUAAAAAAUUAACGAAAUCAGACUUGCUGCACCUCGUCAAAGCUGAAACUCUCUCUCAUAUUGAUCAAAAUUAUGCUGAGCAUUUAAAAAUUUACACAGAUGGAUCUAAAAACCCAGAAACCGGCAUAGUUGCAUGUGCCUUUUAUAUUCCAUCCAAAAAUAUCAAAAAUAUUAAAAGACUCAGCAACCAUCUCUCCAUAUUUUUGGCUGAACUUUUGGCAAUUAAAGAUGCACUGGACUGGGUUAUCAGUAACAAGCCCAUACAUACUGCUAUCCUCUCAGACUCGCUAUCAUCAUUGCAGUCUAUACAAAACAGAGGUAGCAGCUCCAGACCUGAUUUGAUAAAAGACAUUUUGGAACAAAAUAAUAAGUGUCUGGAGAAAAACUUAAAGGUUACCAUGGUAUGGGUCCCAGCUCAUGUCGGCCUGAAGGGGAAUGAAGUGGUUGACGGGCUUGCAAAGGAGGGCCUCAGGCGUGUGGAGGUGAAUGAUCCGGUCCCUCUUGCACCCACAGAGGUCUAUUCACUAGCCCGCCGGCACGUCAUAAAUGAAUGGCGGUCGGCAAGGACACCUAAAACAUACAUUAAUACAUUUGAUAGGACCUCUGUGAGUCUCCAGCCUCCAAAUAACUAUUCUAAUUUCUUUAGAAUUGAUAAAUGCAUAACGAGGCUGAGACUGGGCACAUCACUUCUCCCAGGAAGUGCUGGGAAAUAUAUUCUCAAAAGUGAUCCGAACUGUGCUCGGUGUGGAGUGACCUGUGACACUUCCCACAUUCUGUUACACUGUGACACUUACAGGGGCCAGAGGGCAGAACUUAGGGCAGCCCUAACUUUUUCUGGUUUGGAUUAUAAUAUAAACAAUAUUCUAAACCCCAGCAAGGCUGCCCAAAGGUCUGUCUUCAGGUCACUUGCCAAAUUCCUGGUUGACUGCCAGAUAACCGACAAAAUUUAG